AUGAGGUCGCCAUCAAAUUUCGAGCAACUUCGACAACUGGUCCAACACAACAAUGACGUUCUUCGAGAAAUUAUUGCUGCGUUUGAAGAGAAAGCUGCACUCGACUUCCACUACUCCAAGUCGCUGAAGAAGAUCUCAGCGAAUCUGCACCGAGCCACCCAUAUGACUGAAAGUGAUAUCGAUAAAGGAUGGACAUCGGUUGCUGAGCAGUUCGACGUGCAGGCCACGAUUCACAGCAAUCUGGGCUCAGCUCUCACCGAUGACGUAAUUCAGCCGUUACGUUCAAUCCAGCUCACUGAGGCGAAGACUAUCCGAGCGGCCACGAUAUUCGUGGAACGGGAAACGCGCAAACUAAAGGACUGCAAGGAUGCCGUUCUAAGAAAGAACGGAUGUUACUAUACGAGGAGCAGUAAACAACUGAGACGAAAAAUGGAGCAGUCGUAUCUCAACAGCGACAACGGCGAUGCAGCGUCGCUGAAAAAGAAGCGUCUUGAGGAUCAAGUAAAAAAGCAAGAAGAAAGCUACAUUUGGGAUGCGGUUGACCUGGAGAAACAGCGCCGAAUGACAGAAGGAGUGCUGAGAAAAGGCGUUGAAAGUCUCGAAGCUGUUGAACGGCAACGCUUGGCUCAUUGCCAAACUGCGUUGGGACGCUACCAGCGAAAAUUGAACAGUCGCCCCCCCCCUGAGCCGAAUUUGCAACAGGUGAGCUCAUGA